UGCUCGUUUGUUGGCCUCGUCCAAUUUAGACAAUUUAGACAAUUGAGGGCGGUAUACAACUCAUGAAAAUGGCAGCGUCCACAAGUUAUCGUCUGUACCCUCUAUAGCUUGAAACUGGAUUCCAUUCCAGGAAGCCUGUAUCGGCAAGGCAGCGACAAUGAGUGCCAUCAACAGAACCACCGUCGAGCAAGAGGUUCAUCUGGAGGUCAAACCAUACAGUCAUGACAUUCGUAGUAAGGUUACCGGGAAGAGAGAGCAGCAUCAUCAUAAGAGGAGCGUCUGUGACAUUUGUGGCAAAGGAUGCACAGACAAUGGUCACUUGAUACUACAUCAGAGGGCCCACACUAAUAAGAAAUCUUUUGUCUGUGACAUUUGUGGCAGAAGCCUCUCUAGUAGGAGUUCCCUACUAAGACACAAGAGGGUCCACACCAAGGAGAAACCUUUUGUAUGUGGCAUUUGUGGCAAAGGGUUCUCUAAUAGUAGUUCCCUACAAAGACACAAGACGGUUCACACUAUUGAGAAAAUAUUUUUUUGUGACAUUUGUGGCAAAGGUUUCUUACAUAGUUCUUCUCUUAAAAGACACACGGAGGUCCACAACAACAAGAAACCAUUUGUUUGUGACAUCUGCGGCAAAAGCUUCUCGCUGAAUAGUUCUCUACAAAGCCAUCAGUUGGUCCAUACUAAAGAGAAACGUUUUGUUUGUGACAUUUGUGGCAAAGGGUUCCCACGGAGUUUUGCUCUUAAAAGACACACGAAGGUCCACACUAAAGAGAAGCCAUUUGUUUGUGAUGUUUGCGGCAGAAGCUUCUCACUGAAUGGUUCUCUACAAAGACAUCAGUGGGUCCAUACUAAAGACAAACCUUUUGUUUGUGACAUUUGUGGCAAAGGGUUCUCACAUAUGUAUGGUCUUAAAACACACUUGGAGGUCCACAACAACGAGAAACCAUUUGUUUGUGACAUUUGUGGCAAAGGGUUCCCACGGAGAUUUUCUCUUAAAAACACACAGAAAGGAUCCACACUAACGAGAAACCAUUCGUUUGUGACAUUUGUGGCAGAAGCUUCUCACUAAGUAGUUUUCUACAAAGACAUCAGAGGGUUCAUACGAAAGAGAAACCAUUUGUUUGUGACAUUUGUGGCAAAGGGUUCUCACGUGGUUCUCUUAAAAGACACACAGAAAGGAUCCACACUAACGAGAAACCAUUCGUUUGUGACAUUUGCGGCAGAAGCUUCUCACUAAGUAGUUUUCUACAAAGACAUCAGAGGGUUCAUACGAAAGAGAAACCUUUUGUUUGUGACAUUUGAGGCCAGGCUUCUCUUAUAUGUCUCACCUGAAGACACACAGAAAAGAUCCACACUAUUGAGAAACGAUUUGUUUGUGACAUUUGUGGCAAAGGGUUCGCACUGAGUCCUUCUCUUAAAAGACAUGCGGAGGUCCACACUAACGACAAACCAUUUCUUUGUGACAUUUGCAGCAAAGGCUUCUUAUAAACACACACCAGAAUCUACACUAUUGAGACACGAUUUGUUUUUGACAUUUGUGGUAAAGGGUUCUCAUCGAGUUCUUUUAAAGACACACGAAUGUCCACACUAAGGAGAAACCAUUUCUUGGUGACAUUUGUGGCAAAGGCUUCUCACGACAUUUUCACCUUCAAACACACAAAAGGGUCCACACUAAUAAGAAACCAUUUGUUUGUGACAUUUGUCAUGGAAAGGAUUUCUCACUGAGUUUUCACCUUAAAACCACAAGAGGGUGCAUACUAAAGAGAAAUCAUUCGUUUGUGAAAUUUGUGGAAACGGGUUCUCACAGUUUUCUCUUAAAGAGACACAAGAUCUCCAUACCAUUGAGAAACCAUACAUUAAUUUUGUGACAUCUUUGGGACAGGCUUCUCUGAAAGAGUAACCUGAACCCCCCCCCCCCCAAAAAAAAACCAGGAGCAUACACGAACUCCUUUAUUAAUGAUGAACCAUUUGAUGAACCAUUAUCAAUCAUUGAAAAACUUUGUCAACAGCGGAGAGUUCACACUUACAAGGAAACCUUUAGAUUGGGAGUUUGUGGCAGUAGCUUAAUUUCUUCUACCGAUGGCCUACAAAAACAUGAGUGCUCACACCUAUGUUCCCGAUGUUCCCGGAUACCUAUGUUCCCCAAUACCUAUGUUCCCCAAUACCUAUGUUACCCAACCCUAACCCUAAGGGUUUCGGGGAACAUCAGUUUUGGGGAGCAUCGGGUAGACCCCAUAAAGACUCGCUCAGUUUUUGUGUCAUUUGUAUAAAAAAAAAAAGAACUGUAUUACAGUAUUUUUUGUUGUUAAUCAUUGUGUGUUUUACUGGUGAGCACAAUAUUGUUCUGUGACGAUCUAACUUUAAUUUUUUUUUUGCAGUAUAUCAAUAAUAAUGACCGGUAAUUGAAGUUCAGAACUACGUUCAGUCACUUAAUCAAUUAACUUACUCCAUAUAUGAUUAGGUACUUUUGAGGAUUUGUGCAUACAACCUUUUUAAUUGCAUAAAUGUAAAUAAAGUUUGAUGCAUUUAGAACUAU